AUGUGGAUAACCUUCUCAGGAACUUUGAAGAAGAAGAAGUCAUUUUUGCUUUUUGGUGGUUUUGAACUCAAGCCUCAAGAACACCAGACCAACUUUAGAGGAAAAAAGAACUUGAGCUUUUACGACAAAUCUGGCUAUAAAGAGGCAUUUGUUGUCUCUUACGCAUGUCAAAAAGUGGGAUCCAAUAGGACCCAAAGGAGUCAUUUCAGUCUGGCAGCUACAACAAGUUCAAACAGUUCUCGCACCACUAAACAGGUGUGGGUUGAAAAUAACAAUGAAGGAGGAGUGAUUCCACUUUGCGUUUUGAGAAGAUCAAGAUCAUCACACAUCUGGAGAUUGAGCCUUUUCAUUCCAUCUUCAUCUUCUAGAUGUAGUUGA